UCAUUGGGCCCUGGGGAGUGAGAGGCUGAUGAACAACGUGUGUUCUCGCAAGGAGUGACCAGAGAGAUAAAGGGAAAGUGAUCGGAGAGAGACACCAACGCGAGCGAGUGGCCGAACAGGGAGAGUGACCAGACAUUGACCCUCAGCCGGGUGUAUGCUCCCGGCCAAAUGGCUGCAAUUGUUAAAGAAACCGGAAGCAUAAAGCAAGCUGUAAUUUUAAUCAAUGGAAUCAAUGAUGGUAAAUUCCCCCGCCUGCUGUCUCGCAUUCUUCAGAAACUUCAUUUGAAGGAUGAACAUUCAUUUAAUGAAGAAGAGAAAGAAAAGCUACAAGCUGCACUCUCUCUGGAAAAACAAGAUCUCCGUUUGGUGCUGGAAACUGUAUCUUUUAUCUUGGAACAGGCAGCCUAUUACAACAUGAAACCCACUGCUCUUCAACAACAACUAGAAAAUAUUCACCUGAGUCAAGAGAAGGCUGAGGCCUUUGCCCAGGCCUGGACAAAUAUGGGCCAAGAUAUUGUUGAAAAAUUGAGGCAAAGUACUUUUGCUCCUAAAAAGCUUGACAAAAUUGGGUUCUGUCUUAACCUUGAAAUGGGACAUUCAACACAAGCCAAAGUAAAGUCUCCUCUUGCUGUUCUUGAGCUUGGAAUCAAUAGUGACGACUCUGAGAACACAGAAAAGAUUUUAGUGGAAUUUAACCAUGGAGAACUUCUAGAAUUUUACAACAAGUUGGAAACUAUACAAGCACAACUGGACUCUCUCACGUGACUGAGUGAACAAAUAGUCUUGCAAAUAUGUACUUGUCAACUGUAGGUUGAAUAACUGAAGAAUUUUCAUAACACUCUAUGCUGGAGAAAUAAAAUGAAUAGUUUCUAUUAAAUAUCACAGCAUAGCUAUAAAGUACUACUUUUGGAGAUCUUUGCAAACCAGUGAAUCUGGAAUUUGACAAAUUGUUACAUAAAAUUCAAUAGCACACGAGUGGAGUAUCAGCUGCCUAAAUACUGUCUUGUAUUAAUUCAGGGUUAUCAAUGUCAGUUAAGAAAUUCUAAUAUUCUCAACAUGUGAUGUUUGGAUUUAUUUAUCGGAAGAUUGGGCAAGAUUGAAUGCUGUUUGAAAAUAAAAUUCUGACACAGCUUUAGAAGGGUUUGAGCAGCAAUAAGGGUUUUCAUUUUCAUUGUCUUGUGAAGACCAGAAGAUAGAUGGUCUUAACAUUCAAUGUCCUCUUUUAAGUAUUGCAGUUAAUUAAGCUUUUGUGAUAACAUUGUAUAUAAAUCUAUUAUUAACUAAUUCCAUAACAUUAAAGUAGCAAACCUUUCUACGAAGCUACACUUAAUAAAGCUAAUUUUUUGUUCCCAUAA